AUGUCAACAAUAAUCGAUAAUUUUCUUUAUUUGGGUUCAAUAGAAGACGCAUGUACACCAUCGUUAUUAAAUGAAUUAAAUAUAACACAUAUAAUUAAUUUAAGUUUAACAAGAAUUAUUCUUGAUAAAUCAUAUGAAAUUCUUCAUAUACCAUUACAUGAUACACUUGAUGAAUAUAUUAUUGAUCAUUUUCAACAAGCAAAUCAAUUUAUUGAAAAAUGUCAAGAUAAAAAUGGACGAUGUCUCGUUUUUUGUAAACAUGGAAGAUCAAGAUCAGUUGCAAUUGUAAUUGCUUAUUUAAUUGCUCAUCAUGGUCAUUCAUUAUCAUCAGCUUAUUUAUUUUUAUCAAAUAUUCGUCGAACAAUAUCACCAAAUCAAAAUUAUCUUAAUCAACUAAAUAAGUAUUCUUCUCAAAUGGAACAAAUUCGUUCUCCAGUUAUUUAUUCAUGA